AUGACGAUGAUCGAUAUCCAAAUUGUCUCUAAAGAGACAAUCAAGCCUGCAAUUCCAACCCCGCAUCACCUUAGAAACCUGAAGCUUUCUUUCUUGGACCAGCUUGCACCCCCGAUCUACAUUCCAAUUGUUCUGUUCUAUCCCGCUAAACAAAAUGUUGAUCUUUUGGAAAGAUCCCUUUUGCUUAAGAAGUCCCUCUCAAAAACCCUGACUCAGUUCUAUCCGUUGGCAGGAACUAUGAGGGAAGAUUUCACUUUUGAAUGCAACGAUGAGGGAGUCGAGUAUUUUGAAACCAAAGUACCCUGUAAGCUGGUAGAUGUCACAGAAAAUCCUGACGUCAAUGUCCUGAAUCUAUUCUUACCAUUUGAGCCCCAACAAAACUGCAUUGAGUCCAAAAAGCAAGUUCCUCUUGCUAUCCAAUACAAUAUCUUUAAAUGCGGUGGAGUAGCCAUUGGUAUCCGUCUGUCACAUUUGAUUGCUGACGGAACAUCAGUAAUCACAUUUGUCAAUGCUUGGGCUGCUAUGUCCCGAGAACCUGGUGAAGUUAUAACUCCCAUUUUCGAAGCAGCAACUCAUUUUCCACCAAAGGAUAUAUCAAUGUUCCGUCCGAGCAUAGGGAUAACAAAAGAGAAGAUUGUGACCAAAAGGUUUGUCUUCGAUAAACCGAGCAUUGCCGUUCUAAGAGAAAAAGCAUCCUCGAGAGAUGGUUCUCAAGUUAAAACUCCAACACGCGUUGAGGCAAUUUCAUCCUUUAUAUGGAGCCGCCAAAUGGCGAUAGCUAAGACCAAACCAGAACGAGCAAAGCUUUAUGCAGCAGUUCACGCAGUGAACUUGAGAGAGAGGAUGGCGCCAUCCUUGCCAAAGCAUUCCUUCGGGAAUUUUUGGAGGAUGGCUAUUGCUACAUUUCCUGCUGAGAUGGAGCAAGAUUAUCAUGUCCUAGUGAGUCACAUGAGAAAUGCAAUUAGCAAAAUUGAUAAUAAUUACGUGAAGAUGCUGCAAGAUGGUGAUAGAUACUUAAAAACCAUGAAAAUGGUGAGUGAACAGUUCUCUAAGAGUGAAGUAGAGUUUUGUAACUUCACCAGCUGGUGCAGAUUCCCUGUUUACGAAGUUGAUUUUGGAUGGGGGAAGCCUGCUUGGGCUUGCAGUCCUAGCAGGCCUUACAAGAAUUUGGUUAUUUUGAUGAGUGACAAAGGAGGUGAGGGCGUUGAGGCGUGGGUGAACCUGUUGGAAGAAGACAUGGCCAUAUUCGAACGUGACCCGGAGCUUCUCUCAUUUGCUUCAUCAAAAACUGGAAAAUGA